CGGUCUCGGCGCUGCCCGUGACCGCUGCCCCGAACGCUCGCUCCGCCCGCUGCGGCUGCUUGGGGCGCAGGACGCAGCACAACCGCGCUGCCACAGAGGGCGCAGAGAGGCGCAGCGUGCGCCUGCGCGGCAGCUGCGUCGACACUGCGCAUGCCCGGGCCACGGAGUCAGUGGGCUGGUGCUGGGACGUCGGUUAACAUGAUGACAGACUUUGAAAAGAACCUCCAUCAGGACAUGAUUACUCAACUGCAUAAUUGUGCUGCUGUUGGAAAUGCAGCCAGACUGAAAGCAUUGCUUAGUCAUUCUCCGUCACUUAUCAAUGCAGCUGCAGAUAAUGGCUGGACAGCUCUCAUGUAUGGUGCCAGAAAUGGACACCUUGAUGUUGUGCAGAUUCUUCUGGAAGAAGGGUGUGACAGGUCCCUCAUUAAUAAAUCAAGGCAGACAGCUCUGGACAUUGCUAAAUUUUGGGGGUACAAGCACAUAGCUAAUUUGUUGGCUAAUGUAAAAGGUGGGCAGAGGCCUAAUUUUCUGUCAAAUGAAGUGAAAGAAUAUGAAAAUUAUUUUGGCUUGACACUUCUGGACAGAAGAACUGAAAAAAGAACAGAUUCAAAAUGGCUAAGCAAAAAACAAAGCCAUCCAACUACAGUAUACAUCCUCUUCUCAAAUCUAAGUCCUUUGGUUACUUCGGGUAGGGAAAUAGAGAGCUCCCAGCAGCCAAAAGUAAAGCUUUGCAGGCUGCACCACAAGGAUGUGGAGCAAUAUAUGAACCAAACUGAAGAAGACAUCUUGAUUUUUCUUGGAGUUGAACUUCAGUUCCACAUGAACCUGCCGAUUGCUUGCAAUGGAGGAGCUUUGCAAGAAGGUGAAGAGGAUGGGUUAGUUGCUUGGUUUGCUCUUAGUGUAGAUUCUGCUUCUGCUGAGAAAUUUAAGCAAAAGCAUGAGGACUGUUACUUUCUUCACCCACCAAUGCCAGCACUGCUGCAGCUACCUGAAAAAGAAGCUGGAGUGGUAGCCCAGGCUAGAUCUGUUCUAGCGUGGCACAACCGCUACCGAUUCUGCCCAACAUGUGGAAGUGCAACCAAGAUUGAAGAAGGGGGUUACAAGAAAAUUUGCUUAAAAGAGGGUUGUCCCAGUCUCCAAGGUGUUCACAACACAUCAUAUCCAAGAGUUGAUCCUGUUGUGAUAAUGCAGGUCAUCCAUCCAGAUGGGAACCACUGUCUUUUAGGAAGGCAGAAGAGGUUUCCCCCAGGAAUGUUUACCUGUCUUGCUGGAUUUGUAGAACCUGGUGAAACCAUAGAAGAUGCUGUUCGAAGAGAAGUAGAAGAGGAGGCUGGAGUCAAAGUUGGACGUGUUCAGUACGUCUCCUGUCAGCCAUGGCCAAUGCCGUCCUCCCUAAUGAUUGGCUGCUUAGCUGUUGCAGUGUCUACAGAAAUUAAAGUUGACAAGAAUGAAAUAGAGGAUGCACGCUGGUUCACUAGAGAACAGGUCGUGGAAGUUCUCACUAAAAGAAGUCAACGUUCUUUCUUUGUGCCACCAGGUCGAGCUAUUGCACACCAGCUAAUGAAACAUUGGAUUGGAAUGAAUCCUAAUCUUUAAUUCAAAUAAUUCAUUUCUUUAAGUUAAAUUACAUCUUCUAGUGAAUGCUAAAUUAGGGAUAAAUUAGAAAGAAUUGUUUAUCUAGGAAGUGUGCAACCAUGUGAAUUUUUGAGCCUUUCCUUUGGUUCCUGAGCUAAACUAUACAGACUUUUGUAGGAUUUUUCAGAUCUGAAUUAAAACUGAACAACAACACAGUGAUUAUCCCAAGCAAGCACGCAAGAAAUAGGUGAAAUUGGUGCCUUGUUAACCUGUCACCCACUGGAAGAAGUCACAGCAUUACAAAGAGGCCUGACCUUGCCUGCUGUUUGAAUUCUGUAUUUACAUCUUCCUAUUUUGUCUUAAUAGUUUCUUUCUCAAUUUUUCCUGUCUCCAUUCUUUACAUUCUGUCUGGCACAAAAAUCAACAUUCAGUGCUGAUAGUCUUACCAACAAUGUUUAUUUUUAAGGUAAUAGCAUAUUUAAAUGCUGAAUAUUUAGUAUUUUGUAUCUUUUACAUUAAUAGCCCUUUAAACUGAGUAUUUAUUCUUCUAGUCUCAUCUGGCCUGCACUUACCAAUUGUACAUCAGCCUGAAUCUAGAGUUAUAAUGCAAUAUUCUGUUUCUGAAAAAGGUAUUGGCGAAUCGUCCCAAAAAGCCUAAAUAUUAAUAUUAGAUGUUUUUAUAAGAUAUUUUACUCUAGGCAGUGAGUUAUUCCAUUCUCUGGUAAUCAGAAAUGAAACUGUAGAGUAAUGGAGGAAAGAAAUAGAUUAAUCAAACAAGACAACAUCUCAAAAUUUGUACAAAGUUAUUUUAUGGAAAUGGAGACGCUAAGAUUGUUAGUGCUAUUAAGAAUUUUACAGUUGAAAGAUAUACAUUAACCCUAGCUGUAAGACUGGGAAAGCAAUAUAUGAAUUAAAAUAUUUACUUGUGUAUAUUUAAUGGUAAAGUUCAAAUUUGUGCCUUAAUUUAUUGUGUUACUGAAAAUAAUGUUAAUAUUAUUUCAAAAUUUAAGGUUGUGAAAACGUAUUGGUUUUACUAUUAAUGUCAUUAUGUAGUGGUUCAGUUGUCUGUGAUUACAGUCAUUCCAGUGAUACAAAAAAAAACGCAAAUGACCAGAAGGAAAUACAAUGAUAAAGUAAUAAAUAUUAAUAUACUAUCACAUGGUGAUUUGUUUAUUCAGAUUAAUUUGAACAUUUUUUUAAAUCAAUUAAUUCUGUCAGAUUUGUUUCAAAAUUCUCUGCAAACUGGAAUCAAUAAAAAUGUUUUAGAAAUCCUAA